UUUUUUCUGUUCUUGUCACAGAAAAGUUAGGAUCUUCUUUUAUUCACAUUUUAUUGACUAAACAAUAAAUAAGAUCAUUUAAUAAAAUAAUCAGCAGAUUAAUUGAUAAUGAAAAUAAUCAUUCCUUGCGGCACUAUGAGGAUAUUCAAUACAGUAUAUGUUGAUAUUUCUCUACAACCACCAGUGACUGAUGUGUUUUAAUCUGUUGUGUGUCGCUGUCUGCCCUAAGUCAUUUCUGAUGACACCUUUCCCUGCAUUUCCUGCUUGUGUGAGAGUUAGAUGUUAAUGUCUGUAAGGUCAAAAUUAAGCUACAGCAGCUCCUGAGCAACAUCUUAGAUCUAGGAAAUAGCCACAUGCUGACGUGGUCUAACAACGACCAAAACACUCAUCUUCUCUGCUUUUAUAUGUUACCAGACUAACUGCUGGAGGGUGUAGAACAACCUUUAAAAACAGGGUUUCAGGCUCAUUCGAAUACUGUGUGACUAAGUUUAGCUUUGACCAGUGACUGACUGACAUGUCAACAGUUGUUACUGCAAACCAGUGGACUCAACUUGACCUGACAUGACUCUUGAGCUCUUGAGAAGUUUGGGUGCUGUGGUGCCUCGGCCUAUCUGGGUCUGGACCUUGGGUGUUGUGCACCCUUCAGUCCACAGUGCAGUAUGCUAAGAUGGUAGAAGUAUUUAAAUCAAAAUUCCUGUUUUUAAAGUUUUAUUUUCUUCAAACCCACUGGUUCUUUUCAUCUUUGUGUGAGAGGAGAGAAAGAUUCAUCAGGAAGGAAGUGUCAGACAUUAUCUACUGCACUUUGAUCACAUCACUCAUACCAGCUGUUUUCUACAAAGUCUCAUCAACAACAUCUUUAGAGAAAUGAAUUGAGUUCUUGAACUUUGGCCAAAUGUGUUUUGUGAGGUCACUGUGACCUCUGACCUCUGACCACCAAAAUCUAAUCAGUUCAUCCCUGAGUCCAAAUGUUUGUAUGAAAUUUGAAGAAAUUCCUUCAAGGUGUUACUGAGAUAUCACAUUCAGGUACAAUUACUUCUUUACAUCAUCACAUAUUCCUUUUAAAUGAGGCCCACUGAAACACUGACACCUGCACAGACUGUUGCAUUAUGGGUUGUUUGUAGCCUUGUUGCGAGGCUGGUGAGUUUCAGGUUUACAGGAAGUUUGGAGCAGGUCCUCCAUGGCGUCUGCUGUUUCUGUAGUAGCCCAGAAUGGACAAAUUUAGCAUUUUCAAGCUUGUAUGUGGAAGCCAAAGAAAAAAGAGGCCAGGAGAGAGUACAUGUCAGUUAUUACCUACAGUUUUAUAGACUAACAACUAAAUACAGCAUCUAAACAUAGAUAUACGAACAAACCUCUUCACUUGUCAGACUAGUUGAUGUCAUUUUGUCCCCUGAAGGCCGCUGUAGUCUCUGUGACACUCUUUCAAAGGGAGGGCUGAGGGGAUGGGUUUUCAAUUGGUUGCAAUCUGCGUUUUCACCACUAGAUGUCACUAAAUCCCCACACUGGUCUAUUAAAGUUUUUUAAAGUGAUAAAUAGAAUUUGAAAAUCAGUGCAGAUGAUUGAUUUUAGCACAGGAGGAAAGUCUUUAUAUCUCUUGGUGCCAGUUAAAGUGCAGGAUUGUUUCAUAAACCCGUAGAUGUUCAGUAGAGAGUAACAAACAUGUCUAACUAACACCUACAUGCCCCAACCUGCUGGUGAUAAAACCACAGAGCAAACAGAGGUGGGUUUCACUUGAUUGUUAAUCUCAUAUGAUUAAAUGACAGAAUGAAGUUCACAUCUCUUCAGUGGCUGCUCUGGCUGACCACAGCGCUCUGCUGCAGACACACUCAAGAGAAACCUCCCACCACAGCUGGACCUACACCCACCUCUCCUCCUGGUUCCUCCUCCUCUCUUCUCCCUGUGUUGGUGUCUUUUUCUUCUCUCUGUGGUCUGGUUGUUCUGGUGUUACUGGUUCUACUGGUGAAACUCUGUGUUCAGAGGAAACAUAAAUCUGAUAAAGAGGAAGCCAGAGAAGAUGACAUCACUGAUGACAUCACAUACAGUGACAUCAAAAUAUUAAGUCACCAGCAGCAGCCAAUCAGACGGAGCAGAGAGAGUGAUCCAGCUGCAGUCUACUCAGCAGGGAGAACAGAAGACGUCACUUAUGGACAAAUAGUCAUCAAAGACAAAAAGUCAAAGACGAGAAAGACGAGAGAGAGUGAUCCAGCUGCAGUCUACUCAGCAGGGAGAACAGAAGACGUCACUUAUGGACAAAUAGUCAUCAAAGACAAAAAGUCAAAGACGAGAGAGAGUGAUCCAGCUGCAGUCUACUCAGCAGGGAGAAAGGACGGUGUCAGUUAUGGACAAAAAGCCAAAAGAACAAAAAAGACCAGAGCGUGUCCACCAGAACCAGAGGUGGUCUACUCUUCACUGAGGUAGACCUUCACUCCUUCACACCGGUCCACCCACUGACGUCCUCCUGCUGACUGUAACUGCUCACCACAGCCUCUCACACCAGACUACACUCGUUUUGUAUGUUGUGUGUCUUGUUCUCACUAAAUUAACCUCAUGCAGCUACAGAGACAAACAACAAGUCCACAUAGUUCUCAGUGUUUCAGAAGGUUACAAACAGCACUAACAUGUUACUUGUUAUCGUCCUUUCAUUUCUAUGUUCCUGUUUACCAGAAUCUGAUGAUAGCUGCCAUUAGUUUACUGGUUAAUGAAGUCAUGAACUUUACUGUUAUUUCUAAUCUCUGUGUUUUUGGAGCCUGCUCUUGUUCCUGCAGCAGGGAUCUGGUUUCUCUGCAGGAUCAAUAAACUUUAGUCUCAUUA